AGUCAUAGACGAGAGCAGAACCGUCUUGUAACGUCAAGCGUGCCAACUGUCGUGAAAGCACAUUGACCCAGAACGAAGCCAGAAGGACGCUAAUAAGUCAGUCUUAUUAUUUGUUCUCCAGUUUGAAAUAUUUACGUCGUAUAAAAUACAUCUUUGAUUCUUUAAUUCAGGGUAAAAUCGUUUCGAUGCGCUAGAAGCACUUUGCUGCUUCUCGUGCUCGUUUAUUGUUAGUUAGCUUAGCUCGCUAGUUAGCUUAGCUUGUUAGCUGCUAACAGAAGUUAUCAACACAUCGCUAAGUAGACAUCAAGUGUGAGAGUAAAGUGUUGUGAUUGUGUGAAAAUGUCUACAUUACACAUGUUGAGAGCGCGACUAACUGCUGCCGUUGAAGAAAUAUUUGUAGUGUUAGAAAGAACGAUAGCAGAAUACGAGGCGGAACUUUCUAGAACAAAAGAGGAGAACAAUCAACUACUGGACGCUGUUUUCAAGAAAUAUCAAGUUGUGUUACACAGAACAGACAUUAAAUAUGAUGAGGAGGAUCCACAGCCCCCCCACAUGAAAGAGGAAGAGAAGGAAGUGUGGAUCAGUCAGGAGGGAGAGUGUGUUGUAGGGCAGGAGGAGGAUGAUGUCAGCAAGUUUCCACUGACUGUUGUCUCUGUGAAGACUGAAGAGCAUGAAGACAAAGCACCUGAAUCCUCACAGCUUCAUCACAGUCCAAACGUCCAGCGGGUGUCAGCGGGGAGUCAUGAAGAGGAGUGGCACACCAGUGUGGGACAGAAGGAGCUACAGGCCCCCUCCCACAUUAAAGAGGAGCAGCUUCAUGAUGAAGAUGAAGCUCAGUCCUUACAGCUUCAUCACAGUCAAAGUGAGGAGAACAGAGGGGCGGAGCUUGUAAGUCAACACAUCACAGAAGCUGAUGGAGAGCAUUGUGAAGAUAUAAAGUCAGAACCAGACAGCAUCUUUGCUCCACUGUCAGACAUGGACCACAUGAUGUCACACUCUUCUGAUCACAGUGACCACAUCCAAAAACCUUUGGAGAGUCAAAAUGACUCUAAAGGUGAUACGAGACAUCACACUAACAACAAACACUUUGACUGCUCUCAAUGUGGGAAAUCAUUUAGACAUAAGGGUCAUUUUACAGAACACAUGAGAAUACAUACUGGAGAGAAACCUUUUAUUUGCAAGAAGAGUUUCUCCACAAAGCUUAACAUGACCACACACAUGAGAUCACACACUGGAGAGAAACCUUUUAGUUGCUCAGCUUGUGCUAAAAGAUUCAACACUAAGUGGGAAAUGAUAUUACACAUGAGAACACACACAGGUGAGAAACCUUUUACUUGCUCUGUUUGUAAGAAGAGUUUCUCCAGAGAGCAACACAUGACCACACACAUGAGAACACACACUGGAGAGAAACCUUUUAGUUGCUCUGUUUGUAAGAAGAGUUUCUCCAGAAAGGACUGCAUGACCACACACAUGAGAACACACACUGGAGAGAAACCUUUUAAUUGCUCAGCUUGUGCUAAAAGAUUCAACACUAAGAAUGACAUGAUAUUACACAUGAGAACACACACAGGUGAGAAACCUUUUACUUGCUCUGUUUGUAAGAAGAGUUUCUCCAGAGAGCAACACAUGACCACACACAUGAGAACACACACUGGAGAGAAACCUUUUAGUUGCUCUGUUUGUAAGAAGAGUUUCUCCAGAAAGGACUGCAUGACCACACACAUGAGAACACACUGGAGAGAAACCGUUUAGUUGCACUGUGUGUGAUAAGAUGUUCAGGUUUAAGUAUCAGGUCAGUAGACACAAGUGUGUAACAGUCAUGGAAGCUGCAGGGAUUUAAGAACACUUAAACAGUGAUUGUGCUAAAUGUAGUUUAAAAACACAGCAUGUUUAAUAAGAAUGUAUAUUUGAUGUUGUAUGUAGUGCUUCUCAUCUUCUAGUCUUAUAUGUUGGCCUGUACUUACUGUUUAAGUUGUGUGCAUUUAUUGAAUAUUAUAUAUGUUGCUAUUUUUUUACCUCAUCUUUGAAGAGAGGACAUCUUAUUAUUUUCAUUGUUUUUUUUUCCACACAUUUUUUCCACUGCAUUUUAUUGAUGUUAUUAUCCAAUUAAAAGUAUGAAUGAAUAAAAUGGUUAACAAAAUGUGGAC